UUUAGGCUAAGCGGUUGAAAUGUAUUUUGUACACUUGUACUUUUAUGAAAUUAGCCCAACAAAAAACAUCAAAACCUCAACUGAAGCUCAAAUUGUUGGAACCCAAAAUGGAAUCUGAAGCUCAAGUUUCUUCCAUUUCAAUGGAAGAACUGAGCUUUGAAAUCCCUAUUGAACUCAUCAUUGAAAUACUCUCUAGGCUACCAGUGAAAUCUCUGCUACGAUUCAAGUGUGUAUCAAAAUCUUGGCUUUUUUUAAUCUCUAGCCCUGAAUUUGCUUACACCCAUCUCGGUAUAGCUGCUAAUAGUAAGGAAUAUACUCAACAUAGUGUUAUCUUGAAAUCAUAUCCACCUGAUUUCAAGCUUAAGAAUUGUUCCCUUAGUUCUUUACUUUAUGGUUCUGUUACUGAGGCAUUUGACUUAAGUUAUCCUAUGAAAAAACCAUGUGGAUAUGUUCGUAUUGUGGGUUGUGUUAAUGGGUUAGUUUGUCUUGUUAUUGAGCAAAAGUAUUUCCUUCUCUGGAAUCCAUCAAUUAGGAAGUUCAAGAAAUUGCCUGAUCCUAGAGGUGGUUAUUAUAUUAUGUAUGGUUUUGGAUAUGAUGAGCUUCAUGAUGAUUAUAAGGUAGUUGUUAUUUCCAAUAGUUCGAGUUAUAACGUUUUGGAUCAUGCAGUUGUGGUUAGAAUAUAUAGCCUAAAAAGUGAUUCUUGGAGAAAUAUUUGUGAAUGUUAUGAGGCAGAUAUCUACAUUGAAAGCCUAGUUUGGCCCGUUAUUACAAAACAAACAAGGAUGCAACAACAACAACAACGAAGGUUGAAAAAGCUCAGAUGAAGACGAUCGUGUAAUUGAUAACUAGAAGUGAAUGCAGAUGUUCGGAACGACUAACCUACCCCUUGUUGACCGCGGCGAUCCAAAUGAUGAAGCGUGGCUUUUCCCUGUCUGUCAAUGUUUACUAUGAUGUACCAAUGUUAUUUCCAUGUGUUUUGAGCAAGAUUAACCUAUUGCAUAUCACAUUUUGUUGAUAGUUUGAAGUUAAGUUUGUCGUGAAAAAGGUUGAACAAGCUUCUUCUUUCCUUGAAUAUCUAUUAUAUGUAGGAUCAGAUUGUUUAUCAAUGUUCACUAUGAUGUAUGAAUGUUAUUUCCAGGUGCUUUGAGCAAGAUUCACCU